ACAACAUAUAAAAUUAUCAAAUUCAUUAGAAACCAUUAAUUAUAACAUUUCCUAUUAUUAUAGAUCAUAGAGAAUCCUGAUUACAAAGGGUGAUUCCUUCCAUAUGAUCAUUGUAUAAUCUAUUGUUCAUUCAUAUUCUGUGUUUAUAUAAUCGCUACAAAUUUGCGAUAUCUAACAUAUCAAACCGUUCAAGUUUCUUUCGUGACUGUUAGGUAUAAUAACUGUAAAAAUGUGUAAAAUGGAAUUUGGAUCUUCGUCUUCAGCCCGAGGGAACAUUCUUGGCAUUAGCCAAUGCGUUAACCUACUUUGCAAAAUAGCCAUUUUUAUGUUUGGUGCUGUUGCUGUUGGCAAUUCCACUUGUGAAAAUUCUUUGGCUGUUGACGCUGAGCAGGCUCCUUUGGUUGUUGAACCUACGUGUGAUGUAGAUAAAUUGUUAUCAGCAUAUGCACCAGAUGAGGUUGUUUUUACAACUUCUAAAGGUAAAGAAUACACGAACAAGGACAUUGAAGACCUGAUUGAUCACAACGGACUGAAUGGAAGUGAGAACUAUAACAGGGAUGAAUUGGGUCGUAGGAGGUCUAGUGUAAUACGUCAGAUGCGUGAAUUUGAUGAUUUAGUUAAGCAAAUUCCUGAAAAGCUUGCUCAGCAAGCUGAGUCCUACCGUACAUGGGAAGAACUACCUGACGAUCUUUCAAAAGACAUAGCCCAAUGCAUGUUUAACAAACGUUAUGGCUCAAGCGAAGAGAGUAGCAGCAAUGAUGUGGUUGACUCAGCUGUAAAUGCCGCAGAGAGUGAGACCAUUUCUGACGAGCUAAUGAAAGAUAUGCACGACUCCAUAUACGGUGUUGUAUACACAUAAUGCAGAGCGCUAAUUUGGUAAAAUUGACCAAACAUAUGUACAAAAUUCAAUUAGCAUAAAAUUAUGUGUGGUGAUGAACCCCAAGACGUAGUUCUUUGGUGCUAGGUUACCAGCAAACAGGUCCCUGAAAUGAGGGUUGUAGCCAAAGACUAAUUUAAUAUUAAUGACUAUACUUGUGCUGAUGAGGUUUCAACUUUUAUUCGAUGUAGAAACUAUCGAACAAUUUGCAUGUUAUCCUGCAUAAUGCUACCUUUACUCAGUAGAACGUGUUGGUGAAUUUUACAAUUAACCAACAACAUUCGAUGACAAUUGAGAUGUUUGUUCGUUUUCGUAAGUGAAAUGUUCAUCAGAGCAUUUUUAAGUUCAUAGAGGCAAUUUGAGGUGUAUGUUGUACAUUGUAUGGCCUUACAGGAAUGAUUAUGCUACAACAGUACAAUUGCAUUACGAU